AUGGCCACUACUACGGGACUAUUCCACGGUCUCAAUUUUGUAAUUAUCACGAAUAAUACAGAUGAGUUUUCAGUAGAUGCCAUUUCCGCACGUUUGAAGGCUAAUGGAGCCAAUAAGUGUGUUGUGUACAAGAAUGAAGAAGAAUCAAACCAAGUGCGCGAUUUGAACCAGACUAAGCAAGAAAUGUGUCAUCGUUUUGAUCACGACAUACACGCGAUCAUUUCCAAUACUUCAAACUUUUGGUUUUAUCGCGUGGCAGCCUUUGACUACCUAAUACCAGUGGUGACUCCGGACUGGGUUCAGGCUUGUGUAGGGUCCAAACGCAUUACUAGGGCUAGUGGGUUUUCACCAAAUCCAGGUCAUGUUCUCAAAAACUGUCAGAUUUACAUUUCACGCCAUUCUUUUAGUUCCAGUGAAUAUGAGCUGUAUUCAGCUCUUCUGCGAUCCCUAGGUGCGCUUUGCAUCGACUAUUUGUCUAGUAAAGCAAGCCACAUUGUCACCAAAGAUGCCCAGGAUCCGGCUAUUGCUGCAGUCGCUAGUAUUGAAGGUCUCAACAUCAAAUACGUACUCCCGACUUGGGCGGUCCAGACUUUUAUGACAGAAAUGUACAUCGAUGAAGAGAUUCAUACAUUAAACCCUAAAGAUCGUCCAAAUGAUGUUCGAAAACAGCUGUCUGACGCUUGGAAACGCUUAGAGACCCUUGAACUCCAACCAACCGUCAAGUUUCUUCAAAAUCAUAAAUUUUUCCUGUCACUAGAUUUGACCCUGCCUUCACCAUCCUAUGGCUUCUUGAUCGACUUAAUUGAAGCAGCAGGCGGGGUUGUUAUUCGCCACGUACAAUCUAAAGAUAUACGUCGCAGUUCUGGAGAUUGUUUUGUAGGCCAAUCCCGGAAGUCAGACGAUUGUCAUGAAGCCGAUCAGGAGAAACUCCACAUCGGUAAUAUCAUCUGGAUAUUACACAUGUGGUCAUUGGCCACUUUCGUUGAUCCAAUUGAAAAACUGUUACUUUCUCCGCUGCGACCUCGCGUCUUCAAGAAAGAUGAGCUCAUACUCGGCUAUACGACUUAUUUAGGGCAACAGCGAAAUUACAUUCAGAAGUUGGUCGAAGCACUUGGCGGUAUCAGUACUACCGAGUUCACGAAAAAGAACACGCACCUUUUGUCGUGUUUCCCUUUUGGACAGAAGUACGAUGCUGCAUUAAGGUGGAAGGACUCUUGUAAGAUCGUAAAUCACCUCUGGCUAGAGGACUGCUACCGAUAUCAAAAACAGAUGGCAAGUGAUGAUGACAAGUAUGCAGUGCUUCCGGUGCAUGGUGGGCUUUCAACACGUUUGGGCCAAAUGCCGCUAUCAAGUUCAACGCACAGUACGUUUGAUGAGGACCCCGCAGAUACUAUAAUACCCCAAGAGAUGAUCACUGAUGGUACUUUCCAAAAUCCUUUUUCACAGGAAGAAAACCACGAUGGCAUUCUGGAACAUGCUUCCUCGGCUCAUAUAAUCGGCGAUGCUCCUAUACUCGUUGAUGCUAAAGAAACCAGCAACCUAGAGAAUUCAGUGAAUGGGACGUCCAGAGAGCAGACGCCUGAAACAGAUCACACCGAUAAUUUCAAUGCUCAGCAUGAUUCUUCAAAAUUUCUAGUACUGAAGCCUGAUGGAGCUUCUAACAGCACAGUGGCUCCAAUUGAUCUCAAACUAAGCAGAAAACCUAGUGAGCUCGAAUAUUCACUAACACCGGAAGUGGGCCAAGAGAGAGAAAACAUGAAUUCGCCCAUUAGAGAUCAGUCACCACCGUUGAGUGGCUCUACUGAGGCUGCCCAUUUGCAGCCGGGUGUGAGCUCAUCGCUAGCAUCAGAAACACCGUCACAAUUGCCGUCAAGUGCGAACUCCCGUCGAGCAAAAGAAAAAGCAGUCAUGAAGCUUCACACAGAUAUGGAAGCCCUCAACGAGUUCCAACAAAGCUUGAAAAGAAAGAAAAGCGGUGCACUUUUACCAGAGGAACUGCAAAGGCGUAAGCAACUAAAGGUAAUGGAAGACAGGGUACGAGGACUGCUGGAGAACGGGGACAUUACAGAUAAACCUAAAGGAAAAGGCAAGCGGCCUUACGAUAUCGUGGCUGUUUGCACAGGUUGUCACGAGGCCAUUGAUGACAUGGAUUUGGAGCUACUCAAAAUGCUCGGUAUUACAAUAGAAGGGACUAUCACUCCUCACUGCAAUACAAUUAUUGCUCCGAAGAAGCUGAGAACGGCCAAGUUUCUUACAAGUCUGAGUUUCAAUCCACUUAAAUACGCGCUUCUUCCCGAGUUUUUGACUUCGGUGAUAACGGUUGCACGCAAUGGCACUCUUGGGGAUAAAUUCCCGGAUGUUGCACACUAUGUUAUCCCCGACCUGGACAAAGAGAUUUUGGAGAGGACUCAUUUGCACACGAAAGUCUUCCAAAGGGCAGGAAUUGUCUCCAUCAAUGUCACGGACGAUGUUCCAGGCGGUCGAGAUGUGCUCUCUUCAAUCUUGAUGGCACACGGUGUGCAAGAUGUACACGUCUUGCCCAAAAAAUUUGCAGAAACUGAUAUUCAUGCGAACACCAACAAGAAGAAGAGUCCGACGCAUAUUUUGGUUGCUCAAAAGGCAACGCAGGCUAAACGAUUCAACAAACUCUGCGCGCAACUUCAACAGGAAAAAAAAGUUCUAGUUGUGGAGUGGAAUUGGUGCGUUAAUAGCAUCUUCAAGCUUGAAGUAGACUUUGGUUCCUCCGAUUAUGUUGUUUGCAGGAGUUGA